CAGUGUGCUUUCUCGUUCAGCGUGUUUUGUGCUCGUAGCGGUUGCUGACGGCGGCGGAGGCGGCGAGUUCGUCCCUUCAACGCUCAUAGCAGCGGCCGAGCAUCGUCAUUGCCCAGCCGCGCCUGUCCGAGAGUGGCAUCUGCACUCACCGCCUCGGAAUUCGCGCUUCCUCCCUGUGUUGUGCUGCGGUUCUCUUUUCUCCUGUCCGCCACCUCGCGUGAUGAGCACCGCGUACUGUGUGAGUAGCGAGCGCCGGCUGGCUUUGCCGUGUGUGGGUCUCUCUGUCCGUCUGUCUGUAAGUCGAUUCUUUCCUCCUCUCCUCACCGCGGCAGCAGCUACCGCGGCCGUUAGCCGGCCGACGAGGUAGUCCUGACUGGUGGCGGAAAGAGGCAAACCGAAUUCAGGCAGCCGAAACGGCCAGCACCUGUGCUGCUGUUUAUUGCUGCUAGCUAGCUAGCUAGCUACCGGCAAUUACCAACUAGCGACUAGUAGCUGGCGACCGAUCUGGUUCUAGAAGCAGCAGCGAAGCCCGCCGGCCAUAGCGUAUUACUAAACAGAACAGAAGCAGCCGUGCUUCUUGUAGCUGUCGACCGGCUGAACGUCGUCUGUCGGUGGCUUGUCGGUGACUUGGUGCAUCUAUCUGUCUGGCUCUUUGUUUUUCCGUCGUUUAGUCGCCUGCUAUUCGCUGGCCCCUUUCGUCGGCGCCAACGGUGUCGGCGGCGGCGGUGGCGGCAGCAGCAGCAGCAGCAGGCGGAGUUGUGGCGGGCGUUGGUCCGGCCCGUAGGCAGGCAGACUCCUACCAGCACGACCGAAGCUGCUGUGGCUCGACUCACUCCCGCUCCAAAGCGUAGCAGCAUCAAAGAAAGACGGGCUGCUAUUUACCAUUCGCUCUUACUACUCUACAAGUCUACCUAGAAUAGAUGGGUGAACAUCCAACGGUAACCUACGCGACUCACACUGAAGGCCAUUGAUCAUUCACGUUAGCCGGGUUGGUGCAAGUUGUCCUAACUCGUCUGCGCUGCUCAACUACUCCUAGAGAAAGUUCAUCGGACAUUUAAACUAACUUUUCAGUAGUUCACAAAAAGUUAAACAGCAGUAGCAGCAUUCGUGUUGGCUACAACAGCGGCAAGCGAAAGUAGUGGACAACAGUGCUCAACAGGUCUGUGUCUCUGUUAUUCAAACGAGAGUUAGUUCGGAAAACAAGUUAGAAGAAAAGUUCCGAACGAAGUUAGAAGAAAAGUUAUCCUUGGGGGACUACUCAUCAAAGACAGUAACAUCUGUGCUUGCCAGUGCUGUUGCUGACAGCAAAAAGAAAAGUGACUGAGUAGUAACUAUUGCAACGUUGGAGGCCUGCAUUGCAAUGAGUACUUGGGAUCGAGUGGUGAAGUCGACCGAAUUCGUGCUUCGUUCUCGUCCUAAUGUGCCCCUUUUUGGGUAACAGUAACAGUGGAUGUUGAUGACAGCGUUGGUAACGAGCAGUGAGUGACUAAGAUAUACUUCGCAGAGGUGCGCUAAGACGAGAACGACAUGGACGGUCAGUCUUUCCACGGCCACCCUACGCUGCCGCCCACCGUUGCUCCCAAUGAAACCUGAUUAGUUUUAAGACUUCUGCGAUUCGACUACACUUUGCCUUCCUAGGUUUGGGCGUAUGUUGCUUUUUCAGAGGCGCUGCUGGUAGGUAUAAUGUAAUGCGACACAUUAGGGAAAAGGCGCAGAGACGAUAGGAGUGUUACGAGUGCCUGCCUACCUGCUGGAGCAUUUGGGGUGGUUGGUGUGAUUUUCUUUUCUCUAUGUGGCCCGUGGUAGACUCAUCUGUGUGUCUACUGUUGUGCCGUUGUGUAAAAGUGCUAUGCUGAUAAUAAUAAUGAUAACUGUGAGUAUAAUUGGCGCCUGCCUAUGAUUACUGGUGCUGCCUUACCCUGAGCACCGCUUCCGCUUAUCAAAAAGCUUUGCCAACAUCUAUAUAGGAUCGUGAAAAACAUACACUAUAAGGCGAACAAGGCGAACUAAGAUAACUUACUUAAAAGAAAGAACAACAGAGAACAGCACAAGGAGCGUUCGUCAAAUCAAGACGGGUUGAUAAAUAAAAAAAGGGAAGAGGGCAAUUACACAUUUACAGGCACAGAAAGGGCAAUCAGUAAGAGUAAAUGUUGCUAAUUGAAAAAAAGGACAUUCGACAGCACAGUCGAGUUCGAGUAUUGAGGUUGAAGUACUGAAGUUUGAUGGUAACUACGUCACAAUAAGGCGCACGUUAUUGCGCCUCGCCAACGUUGUCUUAUCACUGUUGAACGCGAUAAGCUAGGUUUACAAAGCCGAAGUCUCUGAACUGCUGUCAACAGUUCAUCUAGAUCGAACCGUUUAACAAUUCUUAAACAGACUGGCGUUUACGAACGUGGCUAGAAAAGUUAUUGCUACAAUACCGGUCGUCAAAUGCUCCGUCAUCGAAUGAGCAGUGUCCUCAUAAUGUUUGACGUGUAAUUACAAUCGUAUGCCACGACUACGCAAAAACGCAUUUGGGCUGUUAUAGUUAAUGUCGGCACGGCAAAACACUACGUUACAAGGACAAUUCAACACGGACGACCGUCUUAGUGUGUGGUUAUCACUAUCUGAUAAAACUUCGUCUUGCCGUCGCGUUGCUACCAUCAAAGGUGUUCUUUUUGCAAAAAGAAGUUUUCCCGACAAACAACAAUGUCUGAUUCUGUCGUUCGUACAGAAGCCAUAGGAUCGUAGUCCGCUUGUCAUGACAAGAUUUCCAACAAAGAAAUUCUGCUCGAAGGUACAAUAGCUCAGCUCUGAAUUUCAAUCAGCAGUAUGCUACUGCUUGAAGAAACAGCCAUUAUUGCCAAAAGACAUGAUCGUCGCAUUUGUUAACGUUAUUUAUGUUGUUACUACGACUAUUAUGAUGGGUGUUACAGUUAAAUCUACAUGCUGUGCAACGAUUUAAUGAUGGCAUGAGGUGGCACUUGGCCGAUAUUGAUCAUCUUUUGUUCUCUUCAACGUUUGGUAUCAGUGUUGUCGUUGUGGUUUUGUGACUUUUUGGAAUACUCCAUACGACGAGAAUAAUAGAAAGGACGACGACGACGACGUGCGUGUCUGUGAGCCGUUGCCUGCUUCUAGUGAUAUUUUCCCCAGGCCAGCAUUAGCCGAAGCGGCGUCGCUCGGCAAGCAAAAAAGGACGAGUAAACCCAGUAAAAUGUGGCUGGUGAUGACAUCGUUCCCUUUUGGUAACUUCACUUACGGCGCAUAAGGGCCUUCAGCCGCUCGCUCGGACAGGACUCGGGCGAGACGGGUAAUGGCACGCGAGGUGGAGACGAAUCGCCCAGGAGAUGGCGGCUCCGCCGGGAAGGACGCAAUGGCAGGCGGUCAAACUAGUACUGCUUCCAGCGGUCCUGGACGGGGGAGUAUCGUAGAAAAUGAGGGUGCCCAAAAUCCGACGCCUGGAGCACCAGUCGCUCUGGUAAAGCGCCCUCGGGGAGGUCUGUGCCGUUUGAUACCGUCGCAGCUUCACAGCAGCGACUACGAGAACAAGGAACUGGAAGUGCUCUACAGGCGAUACAUCUUAAAGCUUCAACAGAACUCAAUCAGUUCGGCUCUGCUACUUCUCGAAUUCGUUCUGCUGACAACCUUCGUCACGGGAGCUCUAUAUAGCUGGCCAUUGGGGCUUGGUCUCAGCCUGAGCGCUUUACUUAGCGCAAUCCUCGCGUUUGUCCUACUCUGUUUACUUGCGUUCCUCUCUAGCAAGCUGAUGCAGGAUGUACUGUUAAAGCCACUUUGUUUAACAAUUAUGACCGUGGCAGCGCUGUUUGCCUUGGCCUCAUUACCAAUACCGGCAUUGCACGCGCCGAUUGGUGGCUACCCAAAGUCAACUUCGGCAGAUCAGUCCAUCUCGGGAUCUUCAACACUGGCCACAGAUGGAAGCAAACCGCACGACCAUUUAGUAGACGUUCACCAGAAGGUGUCAGCCGCUGAUGGGAUGUGGGAAAUGGUGUUUGUCUUAUUCGUCUGCUACACCAUGUUGCCGACCCGGAUACGCUAUGUCGUCUCAUUAGGCGUAGGAUUGCCAGUUGUACAUAGUGUAGUGGGCGCUCAUCUGGCCUCUGCACAGAAAGGACUACUCAGACAACAGCUUCUGGCCAACGCGUUGAUAAUGAUAUGCAUCAAUUUCGUCGGGAUGGUUUUGCAUGCCCUGAUGGAAAAGGCCCAACGGAAGGCUUUCCUUGAUACACGCAACUGUAUACAGGCUAGACUUGAUAUGGAAGAUGAGAAUGAACGACUCGAGCGGCUGUUGCUGUCUGUUUUACCUCAGCACGUGGCCGUCGAGAUGAAGAAAGAUAUUGUCAACCCUCGAGUCAGCGGCCAGUUUCACAAGAUCUACAUUCAGAAGCACGAAAAUGUAUCUAUUUUAUUUGCUGACAUUGUAGGCUUCACAGUUCUGUCAUCCCAUCUUCCAGCUCCGGAACUAGUGCGUUUGCUCAACGAACUCUUUGGUCGAUUCGAUCAGUUGGCCUACGAGAACAAUUGCCUUCGUAUUAAAAUUCUCGGGGACUGUUAUUACUGCGUAUCGGGCUUGCCCGAAAGAUCGGAUCACGCGCAGUGUGCAGUCAACAUGGGUCUCGACAUGGUGGACGCCAUCAAGGAGGUGGCAGAGUUAAUGGCAGACUUUUCGGCGUGCUCGCUAAAUAUGAGGGUGGGCAUUCACACUGGACGGGUCUUGUGCGGCGUACUCGGCCUUCGCAAGUGGCAGUAUGAUGUCUGGAGUAAUGACGUGACUCUUGCCAAUCAAAUGGAGGCUGGAGGAGUUCCUGGCCGGGUGCAUGUGACGGCCGCGACCCUCAAGUACUUGAAUAAUGAUUUCCAAGUGGAACCAGGCAAGGGCGAAGACCGGAGCGCGUACUUGCGUGACCACGGCAUUACAACCUAUUUCAUUAUUCCGCCCCCAAACCGUCGCAAAAAAGUCAUCUUUAACUCAAUUCAGAUGCGGCGGAUGACAGGACGGAAGCUCUCAUUCAAGAACGUUUCGAACGUGGUGGUCCAGUUACUGCACUCGAUCCGCUUUAGUGUGGAUGUUCCCUUCUCUAAUCUCAAUGGACCGCCCCCGUCUCAACAGCAGCAGCAUCCCGGAUCACAAAACGCGCAGCGGAACCACCCCAACUCCCUUCAGCAAGAUAACAAUAAUAGUGACAGGGUCGUCUGUUUGGCUGCACGACUCAACCCAUUGAUGGCCGUCGACAAGGCCGGAGCGACCAACAACAACAAAAAGGGAAAAAUGGACAAAAUCAGGAAGCCCUUCAAGAAAAGGCAUUCAGAGACGUACCAUCAGCCGUCAAAUCGGGUGAAUAAGUACCUCUCGCAGGCUAUCGACGCAAGGUCCGUCGAUCAGGAGAAAUCUAACCACGUUAACCUAUUAACGUUGUGCUUCAAGGACGACGAAAAAGAACGAAGAUAUCAUCAAGAACGUGACUUGGGUUUUGUGAGCAGCCUGGCUUGUGCCCUGUUCAUUUCAAUCUUCCUAUCUGCGCUCCACCUAAUCAUACUUCCCAGAACGACGCUGUUGCUAUUGAUGUCGAUCGGAAGCAUCUUCUGGCUCUGCCUUCUUCUCAUCUUGGUGUUUUCAGCCCGUCUCGGAUGUCUUUCGUUUAACGUCACCCGCUACUCUGUAGCGCGCAUCGUUUCCUCUAUUAUCUCCGUUGUUCUAGUCUACAUGACCGUACAAAUCAAUGUGCUAACAUGCUACACCGAUAGCGAGGGCUGUGAAAUUGCACGAUACAACGGAACUCUGAGCAGUCCACUCCUUCAGCACCGAGACAGUCACAGGGUUUGCCCUCUACCACAGUACAUCCCAUUGUCAGCAAUGCUGUGCCUACUAUCCGUUGGCGUAUUCUUACGAACGCCAAUUUUCGUGAAAGUAAUUUUAGCCACACUUAUUGCGGCCAUGUUUACUUCUAUCAUCGAGAUGACACACCGUUCGUUAUUUGUGUGUUACGACAACCUUACUCGCCCACUUAUCCCAUUAAGCGUAAUGGGUAUCCUGGCCAUCCUGGCAAUUUGGCUGGCUUUGCUGAUACACGCAAGGCAGGUCGAGUGGACAGCUCGUCUUGACUUCCUUUGGAAUUCUCAAGCGAAUGACGAAAAACGAGAAAUGCACGAAUUGAAGGAAGGGAAUCGGAGAAUCCUUUUUAAUCUCCUGCCAGCGCACGUUGCCGUGCACUUUCUGUGCAAUCAGAACACCAACAAUAUGGAACUUUACCAUCAAUAUUAUGCUCGCGUCGGGGUGAUGUUUGCUUCUAUCCCGAACUUCGCCGAAUUCUACAUGGAGUUGGACGGCAAUCAGCAAGGCGUCGAGUGUCUCCGCCUGCUUAAUGAGAUUAUCGCAGAGUUUGAUCAGUUGUUAGACGAGGACAAGUUUCAGUCGGUGGAUAAAAUCAAAACCAUCGGAGCGACGUAUAUGUGCGCAGUUGGUCUUAUGCCCGAGUACCGUAUACUGGACACAGUGGAUUCGGCGUCAACGUACCUGGCCAUCCUGGCUGAUCUGUUUUUCGCGAUGAAGGAACGACUUCGCGAUAUCAACGAAAACUCGUACAACAAUUUUUUGCUUCGUGUCGGCAUUAACCUGGGUCCAGUGGUUGCCGGUGUUAUUGGGGCGAGAAAACCCCAGUAUGAUAUAUGGGGUAAUACUGUAAACGUCGCUUCACGGAUGGAGUCCACUGGUAAGGCGGAUCACUGCCAAAUCACCGAGGAUGUUUACCAGCUGCUUAAGGAUCAAUACCGAUUUCAAUGCCGAGGAACAGUUAAAGUUAAAGGAAAGGGGGACAUGACUACGUAUUUCCUUCUAAGCAAACUUCAACCUGGUGAGAUGGUUAACCAGUAUUCUGAUCCAACGGAACCACAUUACUCAUCUGUGUAUUGUGAAAUUGGAACUAAUCAACGUUCAGAUCAGUUGAACGCGUCCUCAGAUCAAGGCUCGUCUUCGGACGAAGCUUCUGUUGAACGAGCUCACAUGGGUCAGCAGCUCCAUAUACCUAACUUUCUGUGGGGGACCACUAGUCCAUACGAACCUGGCGAACUUCUACCGGUAAACCCGCUUAAGAUUAAACGAGAGAGCUUUGCGUUACAGACUAUUGUGGAUGAAGAUGCCGACUCCGAUGAAGAACAAGGACCAUCGUACGCGGCUCCCGCGCCGAUCAUCGCAACUUCGCCAUGCAAAGCUGCAUCCACCCCUCCGAAAUCGUUCUUUGCCAAGAGUCUACCCGUCGACCUAGCUCCACAACAGCAGCCGCACCAAUUAUUAAAUCAAAGUGCUGAUACAAGUGAAGGAUGCGCCACAGGAGGUACAAGUAACAGUAGUAGCAUUGGCAGUGAAAGUAUCGAAGCGCAGGAACAGGAACGGCCAAAGGGGAGAUGCGCCAGCGAAACCUCAAUUUCUUUCAAUGGGCCGACAACAAGUGUGGCAGCCGGGAUUCCAGUAACAGACUUGACAACAAACCCCCCCAGCCCAGCGGUGUCGAUAGAUCAAUGCACGAACCGCGAUCAUUGCGGCAGCUGUGAAUCCGUGGACUCGCAUGACGGAAGGGACAUUCGUUCGGAGAGUGGCGAUGCUUCGUCAAGUGAAUUUCUCUGCGAGAGUCCUUCCGCGCUAUGUUGGGUCUACUCUGAAAUCAACAAGACUGCGACCCAGAACUCGGGGCAAGCUUGCCGUAGUUUGGGUCAGAGCCAGAAACAAAGCGUCCGCAAAGAUGCCUGCUUAACCGCUGUUUCUGUAACGACUGGCGGAAGCUGCUAUCAGACCGGCCAAGCAGUAAUUAGGAGGCCGUUAAAAUUGUCCCCCACAACUAAUGAGGCAUUUGUCGAGGCUGCUGUUAGUGAGGUCUCUGCACCGCGUUCCGCAUCGGCCGACUUAGAUCGAAUACUUGAGCGGCUGGACGAGGUGGACGGCAAAAAUUCGGCUCCUCUAAACGACCCUCUGGGUCAACGAUCUUAUUACUGUUCCCACGUAUCAGCCUCCCCGAAACAGCUAUCCCCGAUUUCCCCGACCCAAAACAUGCCAAAUAGCAGCCCCAGCGGUGCAAGCAGGAACAACUCGAAGAAGUCGUCAGAUAAUCACACAUAUCCACCGUUGACUAACAACGAUAGCUUCGGAUCUCAAUAUAAGUGCUCAAAGCAAACCGGCAACCUCGGCACAUGGGAAACAGGUAGUGCAGGUGCAGCUGGCAACAACGGUCGUGAUCAACCUCGUCAGGCCGAGGUAGUAAAACUCAGCCCGAUCAGUCCGACAAAAUCAAAUGUCAACGACGCAACGUACGAUGAAGGUUCAAUGCGUAUCCACGCACGAGCGUCUCCACAUCGGUUCGGAUUCGCGAAUCACCGGAGCAGUUUGGGAAGCCACGGGGCUAAGAGCCACUUGCUGGGGCACAGUCCCCUUCAAGGAAUGAUGGCGUUUGCCUCGUUUAGUCCUCCAGCUUCGAGGUCGUCGCGCUCUGCUAGUUUGAAAAGUUCGGCUUUGUCGUCACGUGUGGAUGAGGAUGAACGAGUUAGCACGCCUUUAUUCCGGCAAACGUCAUUGCCAGUGGCACCCGUCGCAACGUCUUCAAUGCGUCCCUCGAAGCUUCUGCGGCGAGCUCAGCAGUCAUCUUGCGACUCGAGUGCGCCACUGAUGAGUUCCGAGAUGGAUUCGCAUGCCGAAUCGCUAGCAGGCCUAUGGGACGACGAGGUUCGUUCUGAGGCUAGCUCAAUGCUGGCCAUGGCAGGAGAAAGUGACUUCGGCUGUGACAUUGAUGAAGAAUCGAGGGAUGGUCGAAGCUCAAGAAGUUCACGAAGUUCUCGGCGUACGGAAGACUCUGUCGACUCCGAGCACUCGCGAUUACUAAACGAGGACGAGCAGGACUUUGUUUAUGAUUCGGACGAGUUUGAAGUAGGUUUUAGUGCAAUGAAAAUAAAACAAUAUGGAGGUCGGCAUGCUGCUGAUGCAAUGACCGAAAGCGAGCAGGACCUCCUGUACGUGGAGCGCGAGUCGAGCGGCCCGCGCGAGCCUGGAUUAGAUCGAGUCGGCGAGGUCAGCCGCUUCUUUGAGGGACAGCCGUUCAUCAAGAGGCUCAACGACUGUCUUUGGGAUAGCAACAAUGCUGCCAACGGAAUAAAUUCAAGCGGUAACGAUAACCCGAGUCAUCAUAGCCAAAAGCAAGCGCAACAUCAGGGUAACCUUGGUACCAACUCAAACCAUGGUAUAGUUACUGAAGUUAACGCGGAAGGAAACGACGACAAGCACACCAAGCAACUGUAAAUGCGACUGUGUCUGGAAACAAUAACAAAUUGUUGAUGCAAUGUACAUAUAGCGACAUACGUAUGAGAAGGAGCGUACUAGUAACGGUCACGCCAAUACGAUAACAAUGAUCUUCGAUUAGUUAGCGCAAUAGGAGUACUGAUGAUAGAUACUGAUGUCGAAAGAUAUGUAGGAACGAUACACAUAAACUAUACCCUUAUGUAUUCAUGAUUUGCCGAGGAAUUUGUGGGAAAAAUUGAUUAGCGGUAGGAUAAAUACUGCUGUAAUUCUAGGUUAGUCUGUACACUUUGCCUGAGCGGUGGGCGAUACUGGUCUGUCGCUCAGGGGAUCGUCAGAUAGCAAAUGAAAUGAUUCAUGCAGGAGUCACGUAGAGAACAACAAACCUUUUAUACCCCACACACAUAUAAACACCUACAUAUAGAAAGGGGGGAGGGAGGGGUAGACGAAUGAUGCGAAAUACACGAAAGAGACAACGAAACAAAGAACUUAAAGGGAAUCAGCAGCAUAUGUACAGCAUGACAAGUCUGAGAGGAAUUACAUCAGUUGAUUCGCGUCCAACCGUUGCGAAAAGGAAGGUAAGAAGAACACACACUGAUCUUCGUGGCUAUAUGAACGAUACGUAGAAAUAAUAGAAGAAACGAUGCUAAUUCAUGGAUUAAUAUUACAGCGUCUACGAUAGCAAUUUUGGUACGGAAUCAAGCUUAACACUAAUACAUCACACUACAACAUCGUCAGUUCUAUAUAUUUACCUAUAAUAUGCACUGUUCGUUUUUACCUUUACCAAAAACAAUUUGUAUAAUUAGCCAAAGUGCGUGGAGCGAAUCAUUUCACUCCUAUUAUCUUAUUUUUUUUUCUUGGAACAUUGCAGCUUCGAUUUCAUUAAAAGAAAUCAGCACAUUUAACAUGGCAGCAACGGCACCAAAAAUAGAAAAGAUCUAAAAUACGCCGCUUUAAUUCUACUUUGCGUUUUCGUAUGCUCCCGCAGAGGUCCACAGCUGCCCGUUUUACUAUUCUACUCGUAGUAGUUAUCGCUAUUCUACGCUUUCUUUCAAUAACAGCCUAACGCCGUGUUAAACAAGGUAGUUGUUAAUCUUUGGUGGUAACACACACACGGCUCAACCGAAAGCACAAAAGUGCCAUUAAUCUGUAGUUAUUCUAUUUUUCUAGCGCGGCACAACCACUAUCGAUAACCAGAUAUACAUAUAUAUAUAUAUAUCUAUAUUUUAUGGAUAUCUAUAUAGCUAGCUAUAUAUAAAUAUCCAUAAAAUAAUUAUCACUAUCAGGGUUAUUGUCAUGUUAGUUACCAUUGUUCCUACUAUUAUCUAUAAGCAAGACGCCAAUUCAGCGAAGCCAAUAUUUAUGAUCUCCUCUCCUUUUUCCGAAUUUUCCUAUAACGCAAGUCAGUCUCUUACAUGAUUCGUUCCUCUUAGCGUCAUUUUCUCUUUGUUUUUAUUCUAAACACUACAAUAUUGUGGACAAUCCAUCGUCAAUAAAUAUAUUAUGACUAAGCUGUUAAGCAAGAUGAACUACGAGACGCAUCACUCCUAAGAACCGUGUCUAGACAGACAGAUGCGACCCUGAAGUUAGACUGGGUGGUUAAAGGAAGGUUGUGCGUGGAGUCGAGUCGGGAAGCUUCUGUGCGGCUUAAGUCACAGGAACGUGGCUAGCAAAAUUGGUCUAGUCGAUUCUCGGAAGGUCGAUUGGAACAAGCUAGAGCAAAAUCGACUAGAAGAAGAUUGGCUGAAUGAUAGAGGGCGCUCU